AUGGCUUGUUCCCUGCCCUGCUGCGCUGCUGCGACGGCUGCUGUUGCUGCUGCCGCUGCUGCUGCAUGUAGAAGCUUCUGUUGUGUGCCUGUUCCUGCAGCAGCAGAUGCAGCAACCACGCCUCUGCUGCUGCGCCGCAGCAUAUCCUCCCAGAGCAGCAGCAGCACUGAGUCCACCACGGAGGGAAGGAGAGGGAGCGACCGGCAGCAGCAAGGGGGGUCUGCUGCUGCGGCUUUUGCUGCUGCUGCUGUUGUUGCUGCCACUGCUGCAGCCGCUGGUGCUGCGGGCACCUUCUCCAAAAACUCGCCGCGCAGAGACCCAGCUAAUGCUUACUACCAGCACUUGCCCCCCAUUUCGUUUGUACAGGGAACUGCAGUUCUGCGGGCACCAGCAGCAGCAGCAGCAGCUAGGCCAGCAGGAAGAACAGAGACAGCUGCAGUGGCAGCAGAUGCAUCAAUGGCAGCACGCAUAACUGAAAAAGGCGCUGCUGCAGCUACACCCAUUGCCGGAGUGUUAUCACGUGCUGCAGCAGCAGCAGAUGGAGCAGCAGCAGCGCCUGCUGCACCCGGUAACACGGUCCGUUUCGACGUGAAGCAACGGCAGCAGCAGCAGAUCCAACUUCGGUUUUGCUGCCGAGGCAAGACUCUGCAGGAAAUAGUUGCUGCUGCCUCUAAUGCGCGCAGCAGCAAGGGCAACAACAACAGCAGCAGCACCACCACCAGUGGCCAGCAGCCUUCGCAGCACUCAGAACUGCACGAGGAGCUGCGUGAAGCCGCAUCUGCAGCAGCACAAGCUGCAGCAGCGGCACAAGCAGCAGCAGAAGCUUACAAGACCUUAGAGCAGCAUGAGCGGCAGCGAGCCAAGCAGCAGCAGCAACAGCAGCCGUCAACGCCCCGCCGCAGCAGCAGCAGCAGCUGCCCCACAUGCAGUCGCAGACCAGCCAGAACGGCAGCACCUAUUGAGGCGGAGCAGCAAGAGCAACAACCGCAGCACCAGCAACAGCAGCACCAGCAGCACAGACGCACUGCUGGCCGCAGCAACAGCAGCACCAACUGCGGCGGGGGCACGUGCAGCUGUGUCUACGCUAUAUUGCAAGCAGCACACAGCAGCAGCACCAGCAUCAGCAGCAACAGCAACACUGAAGACACAAAGGCAGAGGCUGCUGCUGCUGCUGCCCUGUCUGCCGCAGCCGCAGGGCCUGCCGCUGCAGUUGCAGAGGCCUUAGUCGCUGCUGCGCCUGUCUUGGAAGCAGCAGCUGCCGCUGCAGCUGCAGCGGAUGAGAUGAAGCGACAGGGAUAG